CCCUUCUAUUCGACUGCUCACAAAAUCCCCUCCUCACCAUCACGGCAUCACCCUGCCACAACAAGAAUAAGCAGCCGCAGUCGCAACCGGAUGCGAUCGCGAGAGAGCUUAGCGAAGGGGAUUCACGAAAGCAUUGGUUUGAGAGGAACAGAUGAAUCGACGAAGCCGCAGCAGCCGGGCAUCGCCACCACCCCCCAACAUUUUUCCACGCUCUCGCCAACAGCCGCGCGACCAAAGGUAGCAGCAGCGCCAGCCCUCCGUCGACCCUCCUCUUUCCCUCGAGAACCCCCAGAGUUCCAGCCUCCAUCCGCAUGGCCUUAUUAGCAAGCUUUUGGAACGAUGCAAAGGAG